AUGGGACUCUUGCUAUUCCAGCUCCAAGCGUCUCAGGUAGCUUGCCAUGGAUGUGAAAAUGCCGGCCAAGACCGGAGAGGCGUUCGCUUCCAAUGGCCUCACUGUGCAAGCCCAGUAAGGAAAGAGCCUUAUCAAGGGCCGAAUCCCGGCGUGCAGUAUCAACUCACGGUAGAAUUCGUCGCGCCUCCUUGGAAUUCUGGUCAUUAUGACUGCUCCCAAACCGAUGAUUAUAAAACCGAAGCAUGCUGCGGGGUCCCAGAACCAAGGUUCUCCUCGAAUGCUGAAUAUGUGUCCUCGGCUUGCGUCCGCCCAGAUGGCAAACCGCUAGACAUCAAGUAG